AUGGAGGAUUUGGGUAAUAGGUGGGCAGAUCUGAACGUUGACGAUGAAGAAGAUGCAGGUUUCAUGUUUGAUCAGGUGGAAGGAUUGAUGGAUGACUUUGAUGCUCGAUGGUGUUUAGUGGGGAGACUAUUGUCGGAUAAAUUGAUAGAUUUUGAUUCAGUCCGAAACAUAAUGGGAUCUCUUUGGCGUCCAGGAAAUGGCAUGUACGUUAAGGAGUUAGAGACCAACAAAUACCUGUUUCAGUUCUUUCACGAAGUUGAUAUCAAUAGGGCCCUUGAAGGCACACCAUGGACAUUCAACAAGAUACCUUUGAUCAUUAAAAGGCUUAGGGAAGGUGAUAAUCCCAGGUUAUGUGUUUUGAAUACUAUGGAGAUAUGGGUCCAGGUUUAUGAUUUACAAGUGGGGUUUAAGAGUGAACAUGUUUUAAGGGUUGUUGGGGCUUACAUAGGAAAAUUUGUUUCUUUCUGUCCAAAGAAUUUUACUAGGAUAUGGAGAUUUUAUUUUCGUGUCCGGGUGUUAAUACAUAUUGAUCGAUCUCUUAAAAGGAGAAUGAAGAUAUACAAGAGCAACGAAGAGUGGUACUGGGCAAAUUUUAAGUAUGAACGGGUGCCUAGGUUUUGCUUUAUCUGUGGAGUUAUAGGCCACUCGGAGAAGUUCUGCCAUAGAUUGUUUGAGGAAUCGCUAGAUUCCAUAGUCAAGUCGUACGGAUUGUUUAUGAAGGCCCCUGAUCGUAAACAACAUCGACAAAUCGGUGCAAGGUGA